CGAAAAGUUCAAAGAGUCUUGUUAUUUCAGCUGCUACAAUGGCUUCUGUUACAACGCUAAAUGAACCGGACAAAACGACUCUUGCCUCUAUUAAAAUUCCUGUAGUGACUAAAGUCGACAUUGAGCAUGUCACUGUCCAGGACGACCCACGGAAAUGGUCCCGUGCACGAAAGACAAUUAUUCUUGUAAUCAUAUCUCUGGCAGCAUUGUUCGGGACUCUAGCGUCAAACAUAUACUCCCCGGCGCUAAACCAAGUUAAAGCCGAUUUGCAUGCAUCGGACACAGAAAUUGCGACGAGCCUAUCGGUAUUCAUUAUUGUUCAAGGGGUCACUCCCUUAUUUUGGAGUGCACUAUCCGAAGUCAAAGGCCGAAAGAUCGUCUACAUUACGUCAGAAUGCAUAUUCAUAACGGGAUGUAUAGUAGUAGGAUCGGCAAAAACUAUUGCCGUAGUUAUAGCUAUGCGCUGCGUCCAGGCACUUGGCUCAGCGGCAGUUUUCAGCGUUGGUGCUGGUUCACUUGCCGAUAUUUACGAGCCGCAUGAACGUGGUACAAUGAUGGGUAUCUAUUACGCCGCGCCGCUCCUUGGCCCCUCUUUAGGUCCGAUUAUCGGAGGUGCACUGACCGACGCGUGGAACUGGCGUGCAACCUUCUACUUCCUGGCAGCAUUUUGCUCGUUGUCCUUAGCGAGCUUUAUUUUGUUUAAGGAUACGUUUAGGCGAGAGCGGAGCCUUGCCUAUCAGGCCGCGCUACUUCGAGCGAAGGCACAUAACGAGCGGAAACAGAGACACGGGUCAUCAACUCCGGUUUCACAGAGGACCAGUAUUGACGGAGACGAUAAGACAAUAAACGGCGAAACACCGGAGAAAAUCAUCGAAGUGCGGGAUAUCGAGAAGGCUACGCCUGCAGCACAUAGCGUGCAAGACGUGAGACUCUCCCUGCGCGACAUCAAUCCUCUCGCUCCAUUACCUCAAGUCUUGAGAGUUAGAAGCAACCUCCUCAUCCUCGUUGCUUCCGGCAUCCUUUUUGCGUUUAGCUAUUCGAUUUUAUACACGUGUUCCCGCACAUUUUCCGACAAAUAUGGCUAUGAUGCACUCGGGGUUGGACUGGUCCUACUGUCCUACGGCGUAGGGAGUGUUUGCGGCAGUAUUCUUGGUGGCCGCUGGUCAGACUAUGCACUUCGCCGGUUGAAGGCUAAGAAUAACGGAGUAGGGCAUCCGGAGAUGAGACUCGAAAGCACGAAAUGGGCUAUGGCUGUUCUUCCUCUGUCAAGCGUCGCAUAUGCUUGGCUGUGUCAAGAAAAGAUACACGUGGCCGCCGUGUGUGCUGCACUUUUCUGCGCGGGAUUCCUGUCAAUCUGGGUCUACUCGUCCACUCUUGCUUAUAUUGUUGAUGCAAAUACUGGACGGUCGACGACUGCAGUCGCUUGCAACAGCUGCUUCCGAGGAACCCUUGGAUUCGCUGCUGCAGAGAUCGCUGUGCCUGUGCAAAAUGCGAUCGGUGACGGCGGGCUAUAUUCCAUCUGGGCAGGCUUGCUGGGCAUCGUCGGAUUGCUCAUUAUGCUUCUCAUUUGGAAGGGUAAGGAGUGGAGAGAACGCGACACCGCAAAAUACACCCAAAAGUGAACAUACAUGAUAUUUAGAAGCAAUUAGAAACUGUAGAAAAGGCUGUCUCCUGCAGGUCGGGUUCAGUUCCUUCACAUGGUCUCCAUAAAUGCUGGGUAGAAAUUCGCUCUUCGUUUACGGUCCCUUAGGGAUUACGGAUUUUCUUGUCCUCUUUGCUGUCGUUUUU